AUGAACCAGAAGAUGCCCUACUACGGACUGCACAGUGAGCACUACGUGGUCGCCCUCUCCCGCAAUCGAAUGUACGUCAACAUGAUCAACCUGGGCACUGGGGACUUGGAGACGACGUUCAAGGCGGGCGAGGACCGCUUCCUCAACAGUCUGCUCACCUCUGCCAAUGGGAAGAUCUGCGUGUGCGGCGACGAGACGCAGAAGCCCUUUCCGCUGCUCGUCUGGGACCUGUCAGCAAGAAAGCUGCAGUACGACCUGCGAAUACCUCAUCACGAGUUUCUCACCCGCCUCUCCGCCAUCAGCAAUGACGGCCACUACGUGGUCUCUGUCUGUCAGGAGUGCAACAGCUCGGCGCCCAACUUUCUCAUCGUCUACGAUCUGCAGAGUGGCACUCUCUUUAAAAAGUGGAAACCGGAGUCGAACUCCGUCUCGGUGGCUAUCUCCACCCGUUGCGGCGGCAGUGUCAUGAACGGCACCGCCAACCACGACGUUCUAGUCUGGGACCUCUCCACCGGCAAUAUCAAAUAUACACUUUCUGGUCAUACGGCGCCGCCUGAUUUGCUGCACGCGGCGGAGAAGGCCAACGCCUUCCUUUCCUACAACUCCACCCGAGCUGAUCCUCAGCUGCGCGUCUGGUCGCUGGAGCAAGGCACCUGUUUAUGGACGUACAAUCCACUGAAGGAGCUAAGUUGUUGCUGUCUGACGCCCAACGGCCUCGCCAUCGUCUACGGCUGCGUGGGCGAGAAACGCCUCCACCUGGCGGUGCGCACCGACGAGGCAAAGAGCGAGGCGGAGAAUGAGCAGUUCAAGGUGGACUACCUCGCGAGGAUGCGCUCCAAGUUGGUGCCCUUUGGCGAUGAACGCCUCCUCGGCAGCGUCACUGAUCUCAAGACGUCGUCCUAG